UUUUUCUACAAUGACUUUAUUUAAUAUUUACAUACUUAUACUAUUCCUUCAUUCGAUUAAGUGUCAAAAUAUCUCAAUAUGCGAUGAUAAGACCCUUAUAGACAUCAAUGGUAACAUUAUAAAUAAAAUGUUUUGCCAAGAAAAACCUUGCAUUAUAAGCCGCUAUCAGGAACCCUGUGUCUUAGUGAAAAGAAAUAGCUCUAAUAAGAAGACAUGUGAACUAAUGGACAAUAUAUGUAAUAGAAAAGAAAACAGUAGACUGUCACGUUUUCAAAAUGUCUAUAAAAAAGUAAACGGAAAUAUAGUAAAAAGUAAUAGAACAUUUCAAGAGAGUUUUCAUAUUGUGACAUUUAAAAACAAGUAUAUGUAUCAAAAAAUAUGUUCGGGUGAUUGGGCUACAUGUGAUUAUGUACACAACAUUGUAUAUUUCAUGGAAGAUGGUUCAAUCUUAUUAGAGAGCCCUAACUCAGGUGUGCGCUAUCAAACAAUAGACGAAAAUAAAUAUAUCAUAUUGUUUUAUGCUGAAGAGAGUGAAUAUGGACUAGUGCCAAACGUAGCUAUUAAAGUUCUUGAAAGAACUGAGCAGCCAGAUCUAAAAGGAAUAUUGGUGGCUAUUGGUAUGCUGGUAUCGAGUUUCUUUAUGAUACUCGUAAUAAUCGUGUAUGCAGUAUUAAAGGAAUUGAGAAACUUGUUUGGCCUUGUACUGAUGGCUUAUUUGGGAACUUUUUCUUUGGCUUUCCUAACGAAAGCCAUCCAGACUUUGGGUUUAUUACAGAGAACAAUCAACGUCACAACAUGUUUAUAUUUAGAGCCUUUUGUCUAUUUUGGAAUCCUGAGUAGUUUCAUGUGGAUGAACGUAAUGUCGUUCGAUAUUUGGCGGAAAUUCAGAGAAACCCAUUGCCAACGCAGCAAUCGCAGAGUUCUACGCAAGUUUAUAUACUAUGGGUUAUACGCGUGGCUCACACCAGCCGUGCUGGUGGUCGCUGAAGUCCUAAUUGAUCAUAUGGACCUGAGCCACUUGCCAAACUUCAAGAAACCCUCUUUCGAUACGUGCUCAUUUUAUCCUAUUAGUAAAUUAAUUUAUUUGUUAUCGCCAAUAAUGGUAAUAUUAAUAAUAAACAUGGUGUUGUUUUGUUUAACUUCCUUCAACAUGUGGACAAUAAAAAAGGAAUUGAGGCGAUUCGACAGAAAUGAAACAACAAAAAAUAAGAAGAAUAGAAAUCGGUUCACAUUAUUCCUUCGCCUAUCUUUGGUGAUGGGUACCAAUUGGAUCUUUGAAAUAUUGGGCGCAAUUGUCGAUCUACCUGACUGGUUCGAGAACUUGGUGGACGCAUACAAUGUUCUCGUCGGUGUGUUCAUAUUCUUCGUGUUUGUAUUCAAAACUAAUAUAUUUCGUAAAAUUUUCAAAAGCGGUCGUUAUAUGGAUCGUUAAUAUGGAUUUCGCAAAAAUCGGUCGACUGGAGGUCUUCUUUUGUAUCUACUUCACUCACAUUUGAAGCAAGACAUUCGAGAACCAUAACUGGAG